AUGGCCUCCUCCGCCUCCGUCGCGGAUAGCGAAACAAAGCCAUUUUCCGUUAUCUUCGUGUGCCUCGGCAACAUCUGCAGAAGCCCCGCUGCUGAAGGAGUCUUCACUGACUUAGUCAACAAAAGGAGCCUCAAUUCGCUGUUCAAAAUCGAUUCUGCAGGCACCAUCAAUUACCACGAGGGAAAUGAAGCGGACCCGAGAAUGAGGGCAGCCUCAAAGAGGCGUGGGAUUCAGAUAACUUCUAUUUCAAGGCCAAUCAAGCCCUCUGAUUUCAUUGACUUUGACCUCAUUCUUGCCAUGGACAAGCAGAACAGAGAGGACAUAUUGGAGGCCUUUAAUAAAUGGAAAGGAAAACAUUCCUUACCAUAUGAUGCACAUAAAAAGGUUAAGUUGAUGUGCUCAUAUUGUAAGAAGCAUGAUGAAAGUGAAGUCCCGGAUCCCUAUUAUGGUGGACCGCAAGGGUUUGAGAAGGUGUUGGAUUUGCUAGAAGAUGCUUGUGGAUCAUUACUGGAAACCAUUUUGGCCGAAAAUAAGCAUUGA